AUGAACGACCGGCUCCGUGAGAGGAAGGUGGACUUCCAAGAUCUCAAGGACCAGUUCAAGCGGGAGCUGAAGGUGGAGUUCCCCCAGGCCUCGGAGGAGCGGCUGCAGGCGAUGGCCCAGCGGCUGUUGAACGAGAAGCUCCUCGCGGAUGAGAAGAUGGCCCGCUUUCCGGUGCAACAUGAGAACUUCCGGCCGAACCUCUCCCUGACCACGCAGGACCGAAGGUACAAGGAGUACUUCCAUCCCGGCACCUACGUUUGGAACGAGCCUGAGAAGCGCGAGGCUUGGAGCUGCUGCCUGAACUUCGGGCACAGCUCCCGGGGCUGCGAGUUCCGAGUGCAGAACCCGGACGCCUGGUGCUACCAGGGCUUCGAGCGCGGAUAG